CUCGGCCAAAUUAUACAGAGAAGGAGACUUCUCCAUUGCUGUCUUAUUGUUCCAAGAAGAUACAGCAUCUUCAUCAACAGCCAACAUUAACCCAAGGAAAAAAGCCACAUCCAAGACAACAACAGAUUUCAACAGAUAGGCAUCCUUCAUGUUACAUCCCCAGUGCGAUAAUGAACAGACUACAAAUGCAGAAUAUCAAUGAAACUAUGAAACAGGUCAUACGGGCUAAGAUGCAUGACCCAGCCUCCUGUCCAGAUUGUAUCCAUAAACAGGCAGAGCUCGCCCAAAGUCAGUUUGUCAGGAUGAGAAGCACUAAACUGGAAGCUGAUUUGAUAAAAAUGAAAUUGGAGGAAUACCCUUACAAAAAAGAUCUGAUGACUUGCAUUGGAGAAAUUCACCAAACCCUGCCCAAACCCUCAGAUGGUCCCAGUGCCAUCUGGCAGAGACUGUGCACUAGUGUUCGGUCAUAACCUAAUCUGUGUCCUCUGCUCUUCUUGGAUUUUUUCAGCACAGUUUUGUCUUUUCUCUAUUUAUAAGAGCUUGGUGAAUCACCACAGAUUCAAUUCUGCUAAAACUCUUUUUUUUGUUCGGGUGUCCAGAUGCGAACCAUAGCUACCACCCAUUCGGCAUGCAGAUCUAAAAUCCCAGUUGAAUUUUUUGGGCUUUCACAUGUCCUGAAGAUGGUGGAGCUACAGAAUAGUGGUUUGCAGGAUGCAGAAUGAUGUGACAUUUUAUCAACUGAAAUUGUAUUUGUCAUAUCAAAAUGUAUACCCAUAAAAGUGUAAUGCUAAUACAGGAAAAAAAAAACUAACAUACAG